UUUAUCUUUUAUUUUCCUGUCUUCUACGAGUCUAGUCUACUCUUUUGGUUUGCUGCUCUCUUUUUGUAAAAAGAAAAAUUAAUUAAACUCUUAUCUCUGCAACUUGGUCUCUCUCUCUCUCUCGAUAAUGGCGUACGGAUACCUUCUCUCAGUCUCCGUCAUCGGAGGUUUUGUUUGAACCGUCGGAUCUUGUUUUACACUUAUCUUCUUAGUGGAUUUCCAAAUCUUAGUCCAUAAGAGUUGUGUCUCUCUCGUUUAGUCAUCUAUCGCUUCUCAGUGUUUAUAAGAAAGAGAGACUCGUUCCGUGAUUUGUUGGCCUUUUUUUUUUGUAUAAUUAAUCAAAAAUUCGUCGAGAUAACUUUUGUUUUUGCGAGUGUGUGUGUGAGAGAUUUUUUAGGGUUCGCUUAAUCGCUACAGGCUUCGAGUUCGCGGGAAGGUUUAUAUUUGGUUCAAAAUUGAAACAAACUGGCCAAGAUGUUGUUGACCUCCAUGGCCUGCAUUGUUGUAAAUGUUGCUUAAGAUAACAAUUCUGAUUGAAGAAGGAGGAUGCAAUCACUUUACAUUCAGCAGUAAUGAAGAACGGACAGUGUGCACAGGAGCUACAAUCUUCCACUCAAGCUUCACAUGAGUCUCAAGGUGAACAGAAACCCAACCAAUCAAUAGAUGCACCUAUACAAGAUUCUGGUUCUGUAUCUGCUUCAAGCAAUGACAGUAGGAAAGUUUCAAGACAAGAUAUCGAACUUGUCCAAAAUUUGAUAGAAAGAUGUCUUCAGUUGUACAUGAACAGAGAUGAGGUCGUGAAGACCCUUUUGACUCGUGCAAGGAUAGACCCUGGCUUUACAACCUUGGUUUGGCAGAAAUUGGAAGAAGAGAACGCAGACUUUUUCAGAGCUUAUUAUAUCAGGUUGAAACUUAAGAAGCAAAUAAUAUUGUUCAAUCAUUUGCUUGAGCACCAGUAUCAUCUCAUGAAGUUUCCACCUGGACCUCCAAAAAUUCCUCUGGCACCGAUACAAAACGGAAUGCAUCCCAUGGCACCUGUUAACAUGCCAAUGGGAUACCCAGUGCUACAACAUCCUCAAAUGCAUGUUCCAGGCCAUCCCCAUCUUGAUCCAAUGGGAGUAUCGAGCUGCCAUGUUGUUAAUGGAGUCCCUGCCCCUGCGAAUUUCCAUCCUUUGCGGAUGAAUACAGCGAAUGAUAUGGUGAUCGAUACAACUGCGAAUGAUGCAACUCCUCAAGUGAUUCCACCAAGCAGUGGUGGGAUGCCUGAGAUGGCAGCGAGUCCUGCUUCUGUGGCAUCAAGUGGACACUUUCCAUUUGCUGCUUCAGACAUGUCGGGUAUGGUAAUGGACACUUCAGUGCUCGAUUCUGCAUUCACAGCUGACGUUGGACCGGAUGAAGGAGGAGCUGGGAAUUCCAGAGAUUCCCUCAGGUCAUUUGAUCAGAUUCCUUGGAACUUUAGCCUUUCUGAUCUCACCGCAGAUUUGUCAAAUCUGGGAGAUAAAGAUAUGUAUGUUGCAGAUUUAGGAGCCUUAGGAAACUAUCCAGGCUCUCCAUUUCUGCCAUCUGAUUCAGAGAUUUUCUUGGAUUCUCCUGAACAAGAGGGCAUAGAGGAGUUUUUCGUGGAUUCUGUGCCUGGACCUCGUUCUAAUUCAGACGAAGAGAAGCCUUGAAUUUGAAGGUAAAGGACCAUACGCAUAAUCAUCUUCAGAAAGACACCAAGCAGUAUUAAAAUAACAAAUAUAUAGUUAUUGAUAUCUCAUAUAAAUCAAAGUUUUAUGAAUAAAAAUGAGCCUGUGGGUGUAGUCUCCUUGUACCUCUAUGACAGUUUAGUUGAAUGAAGAAUUAGGCUUAAACUUAGUUUCUUUUGUAUUGUUUCAAUUCUAUCAUGUAGUCGUAUUUUAUCUUAAAUAGAUGUUUAAUUUUAGUUUUAGACA